AAAAUCAGUUACUUGUUUCACAGCAACAACAACUCUACAAUUUUUUCAACUAUUAGACUUGUGGUAUAACUACACCUUGACUACAUAUUUCCGUGGACAUAAAACAUAAUUAUCAUUCAAAGUUAACAAUUAAAUAAUUGUGACAAUUGUUUCGAUACAAAGGAAAGUCACAUUUGAAAUUGUCUUGAAACCAACCAAGGCCAGCUUUGGAUUCCUCUUAUUCCUCUUUCAUCAUUUGGUGAGUUUGCUCAAAUACACCAUUCUGUUUUAUCUUCUCUCGCCAUCAAAACCAUUCCUUCUUAUGUUUCUCUUGAUCUGGGAAACCAAUCCACUUAAUCAAGAUUUCUGUAACCAUCUCUGUGUAUGUGAAUGUUGAUCUUUCCCUCAACAAUUUAAGGGAGAGAGGAUGUUAAUCAAUAGUGAUCAACCAUAAACACUGUAAACAUCAAAUUAACUGAUAUCAUUGAACUUGCCUGUCUUCUCAUUUUUUUUGGUAACAUUUUGCUUUCAUGUUUUUGUUUAUGAUUGGUUAAACUGUGACUGGUUGCUUACUCUUUUUCAAUUGUGAUUUUCAUCUUUUGUCUUCUUCUCAAUUAUGGUUACACCGAAAAUUAAUAAUCAUCAUCAUCAUCAUUUCAGUGAAAGCUUAUAAUCUACAACCCACCAUCAAUAAUCUAUAGCUUGUGUUUUUCACUGGAUUUGUUUUACUUUCUCCCUAUAUAGUCAAUCAUGUUUAUUUACUUUAUAGUCAAUGUUUUGUUGACCUUUCAGCUAUCCUAUUCAAUUGAUGGUCCUAAUGUUUGUACUAAAGAAUCAAAGCAAUUUAAAAAAGUGAACGUUCCCGCAAAGUUACCCUUUGAAGUAAAAACAUUUAAAUGGUGUGCGGAGAUUCCCUUUAGAUGCCCACAAACUCGUAUUGAAUACCGGGAUUCCUUUCUCACACAAAUCAAAGAAGUGACAUUCAACGAAUCAAUUUGCUGUCCUGGUUAUGCGGAAUUCAAUGAUCGAUGUAUACCUGUGUGUAGUAGCCAAUGUAUUCAUGGUAUAUGCAUUGAGCCUAACAAAUGUGAUUGUGAAGCAGGAUGGUCUGGUGAUGUUUGCAAUAUUUGGUAUCCUUGUCCAGAUGGAAAGAGUGGAAACAAUUGCUCAUCUCAAUGUAAUUGUAGAAAUGGUGCAACCUGCGAUGCAGUUUCUGGUAUCUGUGAAUGUAAACCUGGUUGGACUGGAAAAGAUUGCUCAAAACCAUGUCUCAAAGGAUAUUUUGGUCUUGGAUGCUCACAAAAGUGCAUUUGUCUGAAUGAAGGCGCUUGUAAUCCAAUUACGGGUGAAUGUAAAUGUCGUGCUGGCUUCAAGGGCGAAUACUGUCAAGAUGAUUGUGCUCCCAAUGAAUUAGACCCUGAAUGUAAUAGACAAGGUCUAUGUGCCAACAAUGGGAUCCGUAAUGCCUUCACCGGUGAAUGUGAGUGUCAACCUGGAUACAUUGGAACUCAUUGUGAAAACCCUUGCCCAUCCGGAACUUACGGCUAUGGCUGUUCUAAAGAAUGUAAAUGUCCAAGUUAUGAUUGUGACCAUGAAUUCGGAUGUAGGUCUUCUCGGAUGUAUCCUAUCCCAAUCCAAUCAGCAUCGUUUUAUCGUGAUGAAGGAUUCAUUUCAGUCAAUCCUAUCCUGUUAACUGUAUCAUGUUUACUUCUGCUGAUCGUGUGCUUAGCUUUACUGGCAUUGCUAAGAUAUCGUAGAAGAGUCAAAGAUUUAAGCAAAGAGCGAGCUUAUGUUACUUAUGUGGCAAAUAAGGAUGCAUCAGACCAAUUUGAAAAUCCUGUAUAUUCAUUUGAAAACUCACUUGGAGACAAACUUCGCCCUUUAUCCUUUCCUUUACCAAGUCCAAUCAACGAUUUGAGUUUGUGUAAUAAAAAAUGGGAUAAACAUCAGUUUUCCGGUUUAGAGAGCAACAGUCCAUCGCAUCAACCCUUUAGGAAUCAAUCACCACACUCUUAUCAUCGCCAUGAUCAUCCACGAACCUCUUAUGACCAAGGAUGUAGUAGCAACUGUAGACUCAAUAUUUGUGACCAAGCAUCAAAUCUUUACGUUAAUCAAGAAUUAAGUAAAUCAUCUGAUAGCCUUUAUAAAGAGCCAAUCUAUGCUGAGAUAAGGAGUAAGGAUUUUGAGGAUGACCAUCACCAAAUACCCGAUCACUAUGACCGGCCAAGACCAAUCAACAAGAUACUUAACAAUGAUUUGAAUCAUUCUUCAGAACAUAUCUAAAGAUUCAGUGGAUGAAGCGCGAUGAAACCAUUCCAAAUCAACAAAUCAAGUCAUAAUUUUCUUUUGUGAUCAAAUAACUUUUUUUGCUUGCCAGUGCAUUUUUGCAUUUAAAGCAUUUAUAUUUCUCCAGUCAUUUUCAUGGAAAUGCAUUUUCACCAUUUUACAUCCAUCAUUUUCUCUACGAGACUCAAACAAUUAUGAUUGCAGCUUUUUAAAUGCAAACGAUAAUAACUUAUGAUAAAUUGUGCUCAUCAAUUUUAAAGUCAAUCAGAGUACAAAUUUUCUUCAAGUCUGGACUAAAUGUCACUUUUCACAUAUACUUUCAAUGUAUAGUAUUUUAUGGAUAUAUUUUGAUUCCAAAUUGUAGCGAUUAAUGGAUACAAAAUAAUGUGUAAUCUUCAUUAUCAAAGGUUAAUAGUGCCUAAAUGGUUCAAGCUCAAUCGGAUUUAAUAUCAUUUUUCAUUGACUUAUACGUUUUCUUUUCAUGAAUGUUUCAUUUAAAAUGCAUCUUUUUUUGCCUCGAAAGGAAAACUUAUCAACCAUUGCUCUUUAAUCAAACUUUGGUGGGUCUCUUUUAGAAUACAACAACAAAGAGUUUCUUUGAGUUCGAUUUUGUUUUUAUUAAGAGCAUGUAAACAUUUUGACGUGUAAAUUUGAAUAAACAAUUUUGUAAAUGCA